AAGUAUUAUCCAAUGUGAGGAUUUUGACAUGUCAAACACUUCAUUUGCUCUCUAUAAAAGCAUAAGUAUCAUAUUUAUUAGCAUAUUUUUUUGACACAGGGCGUUUGGGUUUUGGUGGAUUAAUGCAAAUCGUUGUUGGACGUGGAGAAGAAAACAUGCCGACAGAGCUCAACAUCAGUCAAGGAGAAAAUGGCGUGAGCUCCAACUGUGCAAUCUGUGGCGAUAAAGCCACAGGUAAACAUUAUGGCGCCUCCAGCUGUGAUGGCUGCAAAGGCUUCUUCCGCCGGAGCAUCAGGAAGAGUCACGUCUACUCCUGCAGGUUUAAUCGUCAAUGUGUUGUUGAUAAAGACAAAAGGAACCAGUGCCGUUUCUGCAGACUUCACAAAUGCUUUCGAGCUGGAAUGAAGAAAGAAGCCGUGCAAAAUGAGCGGGACCGGAUCAGCUCGAGGAGGAACUUACAGGACUCACAUGACCUGCCACCAAUCACAGCCCUGGCUCAUGCUGAAGCUCUCUCGCAGCAGAUCAAUGCCACCAGCCAAAUGGGCCCUGCUGAUGCUUCAGAGAAAAAAUCAGCCACUAUCAGUGACGUCUGUGAAUCUAUGAAGCAACAGCUGCUUGUUCUGGUAGAGUGGGCUAAAUACAUCCCGGCCUUCGGCGAAUUGCCACUUGAUGACCAGGUUAGUUUAUUACGAGCUCAUGCUGGGGAGCAUCUUUUGCUUGGUGUGGCUAAGAGGUCAAUGUCAUACAAAGAUCUCUUGCUUCUAGGAAAUGGCUGCGUUGUCCAUCGAAAUUGCCCUGAGCCGGAAAUAGGUCGUGUAUCUAACCGAGUCUUGGAUGAACUGGUUCUUCCCUUCCAGGACAUCCAAAUUGACAACAAUGAAUAUGCAGCUCUAAAGGCCAUUGUGUUCUUCGACCCUGACGCCAAAAGCUUAAGAGACCCCUCAAAGAUCAAGGCAAUGCGCUAUCAGGUUCAAAUGAGUCUGGAAGACUACAUUAAUGACCGGCAGUAUGACUCGCGUGGGCGAUUCGGGGAGCUUUUGCUGCUGCUUCCUACUCUGCAAAGCAUAACCUGGCAGAUGAUUGAGCAGCUACAGUUUAUCAAGCUUUUCGGUCUUGCCAAGAUAGAUAACCUGCUGCAGGAGAUGCUUCUUGGGGGUCUAACCACAGAGCAACCUCACUUACAUCACAAUGGUCACCCUCAGGUUCCAAUAAUGGGCCAGACCAUAGUCAUUAGCUCCAUCCCAGGACCUGCACACUCACAGCAGAUGGCUUCCCCAGAUACCCCCAUUCCAUCUCCCACUUCAAUACAGGACCAGGAGGCCUACCAGCCCCCCGGCAGCCCGGCUCUCCUGCUCCCGCCACAGCCCAUGCCAAACAGACCUUCUCCUGAGCCCCCCCUUUGAGUCUCCUCUCUGCUGCAGGCCCUGUAUGUUUGUAUAUGUGUACAUUUUGUGAGUUAUGCCCUUCCCCACAUCCAGCACAACAUAUUUAUCUGAUCGAAAGGGAACUUUUCAAACAAAUUCCAAAUUUAUUAUAAAGUGGAUCACCACUAAUUGAAAAAUGUAUUUCAUUAAAGCAUCUGUCAUGCUGGCAGACCUGGGUUUCUUCUUGUAUCCGCCUGGUAACCUAGUAAAUGUAGACAAUAUUUGUUUGUUAAUAACAAAUUAUUGUCAGUUACAAGAGACUUAUCAACAUUUUUGUAUUAAUAAAAAGUCAAGAUAUAAUUUAUUAACAAAAUUAUACUAUGCAACUCUAAAGAAAUGUGAAUUUUUGUUUGAAA